ACGUUAGUCACAUAUAACAUUACGUUGUCAUUAAUCACUAAAACCAACCAGGGGACUAGAUGCUUUCAUAUACGAGAUACCCGACUGGACGUAGGGGCUUUGGGUCGGAACUAAUAUAAAAAUCUUGUGUCUCUCUUAUACGCCAUCCGCACUAGACGCGUGAAGCACUAAUCACUAGCCGAUAUUUUCAGAUAACCGACAGACACGCAAAUGAAAAUAUUAAUGUCCUUCAAGAUAAUAAAAAAACAUCACAAGAUAAAGACGUCCAAGACCUCUCCAAGUGUUUGAUGGAAGAAAUAUUUACUGUUUAGAAUGUACGCUUGCAACAUACUUUGUAUAACUAUUGCAAUAUAAGCAACGUCCAUAUAAAUGACUUACAACAUACCUGUGAAAUACUUAAAACGUAUAUUUGCAACAUGUGCUUUCAGCGCAAUAUCUCCUUGCUGCUUGGUGAAUGGGGGCAAAUUUGCAAUCUGGAUGAAGUACUGGUAGAGUUAUCGAUAUAAUUCCAGAAUUAAGUUGAGAAAGCGCUGAGAAACAAACAAAACCUCCUCGAUCGGUAGCGCAUGCACAUGAAACGUCCUCUAAACAACUCAAACUGGCAACGAACCACGUGAGAACAAGGUUUCACAUGUAAUGCAUGUGCAUGCCCCUCCGUCUCUCUAUAUAUACUCUAUAUAUAUAGAAAGAGAGAGACCUUCCUGUGGCCGCGCGAGGACGACAACAUCGUCGACCGCUACCCACCUUCUUCCCCAUUCGCCUUCCCUCCAUCAUUCCUUGGAUUGUAACCAGCUUGUCAAUUCGUACAUUUCAUCCUUAAAGGUGACGAGCGAGGAGAGGAAGAACCAAGAGCAAGAAGAGCCAGCCAGACGCCCAGCCCAGACAUAACAAGCCGGCAAUAAUGGAGGAGAAGAAGGACCUGCUCCGCAAGCUGACGAUCGUGUCGAUCCCGUUCGUGUUCGUGGCGAUCCCGUCGGUGGUGAUCAUCGUGGGCAUGCUGUCACCGCACGCGGCGGAGCCCCGGGCGGGGUCGUCGUCGUCGGGGGCGGCGGAGGCGGCGCCGGGGCAGAACCACUCGGUGUCGAUGCUGAGCACGAUGACGGGGGGGCAGAUGAUCCUGAGCUGCCGCGCCGCCUUCUCGGGCAACUGGGAGUACUUCCACUACUUCAUCCUGGACCCGUACAAGCCGCAGCGGGCCUUCUUCCAGCCGCAGGCCGACCCCUACAUCCUCUUCUGCAAGUGGGGGUACAUGGGCAACUUCCUCCAGGACGUCGUCGUCUUCAACAGCUCCGCCGCGUGGGCGCCGCGCUGCCGCGUCGACAACGGCGGAUGCCGAUACCUCUUCCAGGACGCCCACAUGUUCCUCAUCACCGGGAAGCACGGCGGCGACACCGAGGCACACAGGGUGAAGGUGGAGGAGACGACUGAGGAACAGCAGACGCCUGCACCUGCUGGUCCGGGGCCGGCUCCGGGUCCUGGUCCAGGUCCGAGUCCGGUUCCCGUUCCGGCUCCGGCACUAGUUCCGUCCCUGGCUCCGUCUCCGGCCUCCCACCAGCAGCGGCAGGAGAAGACGCUGAUCGGGGACGUGCUGCUCAGGGAGUGCAGACACUUGCUUGGCAUGUUCCCCACCAUGUGCCGGAGAAAGCCACACAGCCACCCGUACGUCGGAAAAAUCAUCGGCCGGUGGCGGUGGUGGUUCAACUACUAGUACUACCUGGCUUGCAGCUUGCCAUCGGCGUUGGUGCAUACGCGCUGCACGCAGGAAACGAAAUGGUAUAAACACGAUGUGUAUAUACAGGUUACAUUUUUGAAUUCGUGACAAAGGCUCUUCCGUCUGUUUUUGAAUUCGUGACAAAAAGCUCUUCCGUCUGUUUUUGAAUCCAUGACAUGACUUGUAUGGUAUACAUUGGCAAUGAUCGUAUAUAUCCCUACCUACUACACAUAUCCAUGUAUGCUUUACUAGUACAGGAAAAAAAAUGCCGCAGGACAAGGGUCACUGGAUCAAUGAGGAAGCUGGCCAAGAAACAAAUAGGGGGCUCGCAUGACAGGGUGGUACUACAAUGGCGGGUAGAAA